AUGGCGAAUAUUUCUAUCCUUAUCAUCUUGGUGAUGCUUGCUGCCAUCGUCAAGCAAGUCUCAGCUGCAUCAUCGGAGCCACAGCUUUGCACACCACUAGGUCAUCCAGAUUGGGAUUGCAAAAGCUCAAUUAUUUGCGAGGCGGAUUGGCCUUCAGAAACAGGGAAUUAUGGGUCGAGAGAUGGCAACACCAAGAUCACAUCGCGCAGUAAAUCUCAGGGGAGAAUUUUAGUCCUGGACAGUGAGGUCAAUUACACAGCCAUCAAAGACGACAUUCAUCGACGCCGAUUAGCCACGAUCUCUGUGGCUCAAAACUCUCAAAACCAUUCAAUUGUUUCUCGAUCUGCCACAUCACCGUUCCCAGAGCAGUGCUGUCGUCUCACCGUGGAAUGUUUCAAGUUCUUCGACGAUGAGAUCGGAACCAAACCUAGGGAUUACAAUGGCAGGCUCUUGAUAGACGAUUUCAAUCUAUGGAAGAAGGCGGAGUGUUGCAUGUCGGACUUUUUGACACCAAAGUCGUGGUGUCUGACUCCUCCAGCUCGAAAUAGCUGGUUCUCGUGGGAUGAGCCACCGGCUUGCUCCAAAUUUCACUAG